AUGCCAACCCCCGAGCCCCAUCUCGCUCUCCUCACGCCCGCAGACGACGGCUUAGUCCACGAAGCGGGCCUGGUCCUCGCUGACGCCUUUGACCCGGGCGAGAACCACCUCCAGCGCGCGCUGUUUGCCGGGGUGGAGCUGGACGCCGUGCGCGAGGCGACGAGGCUGCAGAUGCUGCAGAUUGUGUAUCGCGGCGUGAGGGACAAGGAGGUGUGGGUGGCCUCGGCGGCGAGCGCAGCGAGCGGCGGCGAGAGGAGCCCCAUCGGCGCAGUCAUGAUCGUGUCCCCGCCUGCAUCGAAAGACGCGCGCGACACGCGUCCCGCGACGCCAUACGACGCGGCGCUGGACGCCGUUACGCCCCCAGAAACCGCGGCCGCCUUCGCGCAGCUCAACGAGCAGAGCUGGGCCAAGCAGGCGGCGGCGUAUGACCCCCCAAAAGAGGAGGGAUACCACGUCUCGAUGCUCGGCACUGCGGCAGAGUACUAUGCCCGGCUCGGGUUCUCCCUGCUCGACCGGAAUACGUUCGACGUGCGCGGUGUGCCCGUCACCUUCUGGAUCAUGGCCAAGUCGGCAGAGCCGGAGGCCGCCGCUGCAGGAGCCUGA